AUGAAUUCCUUCAUUCUUCUCGCCCUUCUCCUCGUCGGAUUCGUCACUUGCCAAUUCGGAGGAUUCGGAGGAUUCGGCGGUCAGCAGCAGUUCGGUGGACGUGGUGGACAAUUCGGUGGUCAGCAAGGAGGACAAUUUGGAAACCGCGGUGGAUUCCAAGGACAACAAGGAGGACAGUGGGGACAACAACAGGGUAGAUUCGGAGGACAACAGCAGUUCGGAGGACGGCAAGGACAAUUCGGCGGUCAGCAACAAUUCGGUGGACGUGGAGGACAAUUCGGUGGACAACAACAGUUCGGAGGGCGUGGUGGAUUCGGAGGAUGGGGAAAGAAGUAG